GGGGUUUAGUACACGGGGCGGAUUAGUAGGCCUGUUGAUAACUGUGUGUGUGUGACGUCAGUAGCGUUGCGCAGCCGCAGCUGUGAGGGGGAAGAUGGUGCUGAUCAAAGAAUACCGUGUUGUCUUACCGUGCUCCGUUGAGGAGUACCAAGUGGGCCAGUUGUUCUCUGUGGCGGAGGCCAGUAAGAAUGAAACGGGAGGAGGAGAAGGUAUUGAGGUCCUGAAGAACGAGCCUUAUGAGAAAGAUGGAGAGAAAGGACAGUACACACACAAGAUCUACCAUCUCAAAAGUAAAGUGCCUGGGUUUGUGAAGAUGUUUGCACCAGAAGGCUCGCUGGUAUUUCAUGAAAAAGCGUGGAAUGCUUACCCAUACUGCAGAACAAUUGUAACGAAUGAAUACAUGAAAGAUGACUUCUUUAUCAUGAUUGAAACGUGGCAUAAACCUGAUCUUGGAACAAUAGAAAAUGUUCACAAGCUGGACAGUUCCACGUGGAAAUCAGUGGAGGUGAUGCCCAUCGACAUCGCAGACAGAGAUCAAGUAGCCUAUUCUGAUUACAAAGCAGAUGAGGAUCCUGCACUCUUCAAGUCAACCAAGACAGGCAGAGGACCACUGGGGCCAAACUGGAGGAAGGAGCUGGUUAGUAAUCCGGAAAGCCCGCGUAUGUGUGCCUACAAACUGGUCACGGUCAAGUUCAAGUGGUGGGGUCUGCAGAACAAGGUUGAAAGCUUUAUUCACAAGCAAGAAAAGCGAAUCUUUACCAACUUUCACCGCCAGCUGUUCUGCUGGAUUGAUAGAUGGGUGGAUCUCACUAUGGAGGACAUUAGGAGGAUGGAGGCAGAGACGCAAAAAGAGCUUGAGGAGCUUCGCAGACAAGGUCAAGUGCGAGGAACCAGUGCUGCCAACGAGUGAAAGCUACAGCAUUCCAAACCUGACCUCCAUUAGUAAAAAGAGGAGGAGCUGGAGAUUGGCCUUCACCUGCAGCGUUCACAAGUCUCCCGCUAAUCCAGGAGAGAGCUUAUAAUUGAUGGAUCAAGCAAAUCAACUGCCGUGCCCCACAUUGACCCAAUCACACUCUCUCUGUGUCAAAAAAAUCAAUGCAUUUAGAUGUAGAGAGGGUGAUUACCCUAAAAGUGCCUUUAUUACCUGAGCCGUUCUGCAGGAACAUAAACGACUCGAAAAAAAAAACUGUACAAGAACAAAUUUUAGGUUAUCUAGGUAAACAACAGAUCUCUUCUUAGCAUCAUUUUUUUAUUCAAUUUUGGAUUAGGAGAUUAAAUCUUCAGCACCCUGAAUAACUGUUUAUACCUUUACACACCACAGAAACGUAAGUUAUGAUCUAGUAACAGUUUUUUUUCUUUCUUUUUUUCUUUCUUUUUGUUUUUCUUUCUUGUUUUUUUAAAUCGCAGCUGCUUCUCCCUGUUUUGCCCUGGGGGCAGAGUUGAUCCUGUCAAUUUUGCUGGUUCUGCUCUUGUCCUUUCCUGUCUAGGCCUUUACUACGAGAUAAUCCCUCAUCCAGUGUCUGUGAACAUGCCGUUUAAUAAUAAACACUUUUACUUCAAAGCCCUAAACUAUGCACACAUGUAUUUACACAUAAACACACACAGACACUCAUGACACAGGUGUGAAUGCCUUUGUGGUGACGGGUCUAUUAUAAGCUUUAUAGGGGCAAAUCUGCACAGGUUGUGUCUGUUACUGUUGUGCUGUUUCUGUAUUUCUGCUUUUAUCUUCCUCUCCACAGGUGCCUUCAGACGGAGUCACAGAAACAAGUCUGUUUAAUGAUGGUGCUGCAAUAUAAGCCACACACGCUCCACCCUCUGACUCUCAGUUCUGACCUCUGUACCACUCAGACUAAUUAUACUGCUUUAGAAAGUUUUUCUUUUGUUUGUUAGUUUUUUUUUUGUUUUUGUUUUUCAAGGUAGUGCAAGGUUUAACUGUAGAACAGUCCGGCCCCUGAGAGAUUCGUCUUCUCUGCUGUACAGUCUAAACCUAUACACACUAAUCAUUAGAAGUUUGGAACCUUUCAAAAAGCCAGUUUAAAAUGUACUGGUACUGUAUUUUCCGCACUAUAAAGUGCACUGGAUUAUAAGGCGCAUUAUGCAACACUAGAAAGGAACAGGGGUGCCGCCAUUGUUUUUCUUCUAAUUCAGCAGCUCUCACUGCUGGGUGGUGAGAACUGUAAAGCAAAGCUAAGCCAAGUUAAGGAGACCCUUAAGUAAACUGUAAUUCCUUAAAAAAUAUUGAGGAACCCUGAGUGUUCCAGAUAAAGCAAGGGCGCUAUUAGCUAGCAGUUCAUCCCGCAUAGCUUGUUUUAACACUGUAAACAUGCAGACUAAGUGCGAUAUACUCACCUCUGAACGGCAGUUAGCGGCUAAUACUAAUGCUAAUGCUAAUACUGCUCCAGCAGUGCUAGCCAGGGUUAGCAGCAGGCUACAUACCAAUAAUACUCAUCUCUGAACGGUGGUUAGCGGCUAAUACUAAUGCUAAUGCUGCUCCAGCAGUGCUAGCCAGGGUUAGCAGCAGGCUACAGACCAAUAAUACUCACCUCUGAACGGUGGUUAGCGGCUAAUACUAAUGCUAAUGCUGCUCCAGCAGUGCUAGCCAGGGUUAGCAGCAGGCUACAGACCAAUAAUACUCACCUCUGAACGGUGGUUAGCGGCUAAUACUAAUGCUAAUGCUAAUACUGCUCCAGCAGUGCUAGCCAGGGUUAGCAGCAGGCUACAGACCAAUAAUACUCAUCUCUGAACGGCGAAAGAGCUAGCACUUAGCGCGGUUAGUGGCUAAUGCUAUUCUAAUCUCUGUGUAGAAAAAUUCACUGAAACUCCUGUAUAACGCUGUACUUCAGUGGAGUGGCUUUACUUCUUCUUACAACCUGACUAAUAAAAUCUAUACAUGAGGAGCACUGGAUUAUAAGACCACUGAUGAUUUUUGUGAAAAUUAAAGGAUUUUACGUGUGCCUUAUAGUGCAAAAAAUACAGUACAUGCACCAAACUAAAGUUUAUGGUUUAAGCUCCACCUUGUAAAGUGUGCCUAUUGUUCUCUCAGGACCGACCUAAAUGCCUUAAUGAUAAUGCCAAGACAUUGCCGUCAACUUUUAUACAGUUUAUACUUUUAAUUUGCCUUAAGUUGCCAUGGCCUUUGUCUCCUCCCACAGUUCACUUUCAAAAAUAUAACCGCUCCUCAGACAACAAGCACAAUGCCAAAACUUGGCUAAUAACCUCACCCUUUGUUUUUUAUUAACGUGAUUUACCUGCUUUGGUUCAUUAAACAUGAUUCCACCCUAGCAAUACUUCUCAGGAGCACCAAAGCACCUCUUUAAUCAAUCAAAUGUAGAACUCUUGGAUCUUCUGAUACAUUGUUAAGACUGUCAGUGAAACUGUUACGAACUUCAGUGUUGCCUGUCAAUAUACUGUCUGGUUGGAAUUAGUUUCUCAGGGGGACGGCUGUAAAAAAUAUUUCACAAUUCUACUCAAGUUUUAAAACUCUUGCAUCCGGACUGCAAUUGAAAAAACAGGAGGACCAGUGAUUUUUUUUAAUUAUUAUUAUUAUUUUUUUUUUGCUUUCUCGGUCACUUGACAUCGCAUUCAGUAGCUCCUCCAUUUUCACUCGCUGUUGUGUUUUACAUGGAUCUCUAUGGGAACGCCCAAAGUGAAAUCACUCUGUGUGGCCGUGGACAAACACUGCAGCUAUUUUUUAUUAAAGGCGAGGAGUCGGGACAGGAUUAAAAUUACUGGAGGACCAUGGAGUUCAGAGAAAAACAGUAGAUAAUUCAGCCUGUAAUUUUCUCAGAGGACGUCUGAGAAAAACACACACAUGGUCGUUCCAGACGGGAAUAAAAUCACAGAGGACCCCCAUAAAAGAGAAAAUUACCCAGAACCCCCUGAGAAACUAAUCUCAUAUAGAUAGGGCUUUAAACCAGCAUCUUUUGAAACUCUCAGAUAUUAAGUUUUGAGUUUACUGUGAAAACGUGGUCAGUGAGUGUGUUUACUUAAUACUUUCAUAAUCAGAUUACUGCAGUUAUCUGAAUAUUCCUGGAGUCAUGUAAAGUAAGGAAUCUGAUAGCGAGAGCUGAAUUUUAGCUCAGUAAUCAGAUUUCUCUCAGUGCAUUUAAACUCUUUACCGCAUUAUUCUCGGAUGUUUUCGUCUGUAUAUGCGUGAAACAGAAAGAUAAUUUUUUUCCAUGAUCUGAUCACUAAAGUUUAUGUAGCGGGAUUACUGACAAAAUCUGAUGUUAUUCAGUAAUAAAAUUAUGAAGUUUAUGUAAACACACACUCAUCGAGUACAUGUCUACCACCAGUUUUACUCCAGUAUGUCUGCCCUGGUGAAAUGAGUGUAGUAUCUGUAGGAAAUGGUUUGAUGUUCUUAAACCUCUUUAUUAUUAAAGGGGCUGUAGGGUGGACAAAGAUCUCCUGUACUGUACUAAAAAAAUAUGUCAGUUCUGUUUAAGCAGUGCAUUCAUUUAGAGUAUCAUGAUUUAUGGCGUUUUGUUUGUUUGUUCUAUUUUAAAAUUUCACAGGAACACAUUGAUUCCUCUGUUACACACAAAGCACACAAAGGUUUUUAUAUGUCCGGCAGUAUUUUCUGUUUCUGAGUUGGCACUGUAUAAAACUCAUAUCAGAUUGAUAUUUACUCCAGUGAUGCUGUUUAAUAAGAUAAUGUUAAAAUCUACAGCAUAAUCAUGAUUCUUUUAUUUUUCAUUCCAUAUGUUAAAGUCUAUUCAAUUCCUGUAUGUCUGAAACUGCUUAUUAAGAGUCUUUUAUAAUGAUUGUGAACUUCAGGGGAUAUAAUUGAGAAUGUAUGCUUUACUUUCUAUUCUGCAUAUUCUGGUCUGAAAAAAAAGAGAGACAUAAAUUGUCCAUUAAAUUUCAUUGCAAAUA